AUGUCAAGUGGAGUGCCUACUGCAGGAGCAGUGUCAAGUGGAGUGACUGUUGUAGGAGCAAACACAUAUGGAGUGACUACUAUAGGAGCAAACACAUAUGGAGUGACUGGUCUAGGAGCUAGUACAACCAAUGUUUCAAGGAGGAGAGGUAAGUUGGCU